CCUUUGGCUUAGUUCAAGGUGACAAGUUCGAUUUCGUUGUCAAGUCAAGAAUGCAACAAGGAUUAUUCGAUCUGUAAAACCUUAAUUCUAUCUUAAUAAUCUAAUUUAGGCAUUCAGCGAAAAUGCUCAAGGCUCACUUGGAGGAGAUUCCGGGAGUUCUUGUUAUGAUACCAUUUCUUCCCAAUUCGACACGACUCUGCUUGUCAUCUGUGUUCACAUACCCGCUGUCGGAGCUUUACAAUGUCGACAUCCUCCGAGCAUGAGGAACCAGCCUCGUUUGGCAACGAUAUAGCCGCGCCGCAAACGAAUAGGAUCGAUGCUGCGCCGGGAGGAGUUAAAGAGAAAGGUGUCGAGAAAACAAUAUCAUGUGUAUCUUGCAGACGUAGGAAAUUGAAAUGCGAUCGGGUAAAGCCUAAAUGUGGAACAUGUGGAAGAUUGAGACACGAGUGCGAAUAUCCCGAGAGGAGGAGGAAUAUAGGAACAAAGAGGAGAAAUAUGAAGGAGUUGGAAGCUAGAUUGGCACAAGUGGAAACCCAACUCGUUGCGGAAACACAACAAAUGGCUGCCAACAAGACAGUUGAGACGAACGUAAGCGCGAACACGAAUGUGGACCCAGAUUGGAGUGCUAUGAAUAUGGAUAUGGAUCUAAAUUUUACCGAUGCGAGGUUACAAGAUUUAGGAUUUGAUCUUAUGAAUGGGAAUAUGGGGGCUGGAUCAUCGGUGCCGGUUGGCAAUUUCUUCUCCCAAGAAAUCUUAAGUCUAGGGCUCCAAGAACCUCUGCCCCCCGAGAGUGUGAUGGAUGACUUGUAUGUUUGGAUCCUUAGUGAAGGGAAUAUACAUGUACUGAUAGAGCAGAUACCGAAUAUACUUCGAGAGAUUUCAUCCCACUUUACCUAUGAUGCAUAAAGGCCGAUUUUACGCCCUUUUGAAUAUGCCAGCGAACCAUAAGCCACCAAUUGCCUUGCGAUAUGCUAUGAUGAUGGUAGGAGCAUGUACGGAUCAAUGUUACCCCUUUUUACAGCAUGUAAGCUAAAAAAAAAAUCAGCAUUGUCGGACAACUAUCAGAAUUAUGCCGAAAUAUUCUACGAGAGGGCUAGGAGAUACGCUGAGAUUGCAGAGGUGCAGGUUCGUCAUCCAGCGAUCGAUACUGGUUUCUCUAUUUUGAUGAAAAUUAGGGCCACGGAGGAGCUUUCGUAUGCGUACAGUCCGUUCAAACAUGGGCCAUCAUUAGUAGCUACGAGGCUACAAGCGCUUAUUUCAGUCGAGCAUGGAUGAGUACUGGAAGAUGGUAAGUUUUCACACUGGAAAUCAAAAUUUUAUACUUACAACAUAGUGCGCGAUUAUGUUUUAUGCUUUCGUUGCAAAGAAUUGAUGCAGAGGCAGGAUUUGUAGGGAAAAAAACACUACCUCCGGCCAAAGACUGGAUCGAACUGGAGGAGCGACGGAGAUCAUUCUGGGCAGCUUAUUUUGGUGAUAGAUGGGCUAGCUGUGCUACCGGAUGGCCAGUGAUGUUUGAUGAACAAAAGGUAUGAAUGGAACUAUUCAAUGAGGCAUAAGACUAACAUGUAUAGAUUCAAACCAAUAUGCCUUGUUCUGAUGAUGCGUUCGAUCUAGGAAUGGAGGAGAAGACAUGCUCAUUAGCUGAGGCAUUGACUCCGGAGGGUGCUUCUACGAUAUCCACGUUUGCUGGAGUGGUGCUAUCGGCAUGCUUAUUUGGUCAAAACAUCGAACACAUGUCCAAGAGUGGUCCCGAGGAUGGCGCCAAUGAUAUAGCCAACGGUGAAUUUUGGAAAAGACAUCGAAAACUGGAUAAUGUCUUGUCUAGUACAUUCAUGUUUUUACCUGAUUCCCUCAGACUGCCUGCCGGACUGAGGGAUCCUAACAUAGUCUUUUUCCAUAUGAACAUUCAUUGUUCAACGAUGUAAGUGUAAUAUGGAAUGAUGUUUCUUUUUGCUGACAUUAUAUUAGUUGCCUACAUCAAGGAGCAGUCUUGACCGCAGAACGUGAAAAUAUCAGCCAGGCGUUAAUACAGCAAAGCGAGGCGAGAAAUUUGAUGGCGGCGGAAGAAGUCGCCAACCUAAUGCGCCUCAUCAGCCAUAUUGAUCCAUGCAAGGUACGUUUCCACCUUGGAUAAAUUUACCAUGUAGAAAUUUUUAACAUCAUAAUAGAUGACCUCGUGGGUAGGGCAUUGCCUCUAUGUCGCUUCAGGGGUAUUCCUCCAAGAUUCAAGGAAAGACAAACCUAGCCCGCAAAGCUCCAGCAAUUUAGAAUUCAUGAUGUCGGCUUUGAAGGCUGUUGGGAAAAAACACCUUAUUGCAAGACAUUUUGCUGUUCAGCUCGAACUGGAGAUCAAAACACGGAGAACAGACCGCGUGAACAAUGCAAGCACCUUUUCUAAUUCAUGUAAGUCUGGAUCAUUGAUAGAAGACGAUGGGGAUCUUUGCCUUUUCCCUCGCAGCUACAAUCGAAAAGCGCCAAAGAACGACUCUUCUCGAAGCUCGAUUGAUAUCGGUCAAUCAAGAAUUAUAUCCAGCAACACGCCUCCUCAAACAACACAACAACCACAACUAGAAGCCAUCUCACAAGUAACAUCUGCUGGUUAUGCCGCAACAAACUUUCCCCAACAACUACAUCAACAGCCAGAUUCGGGAGGCGAAACCAUUGACACCGAUUUCAGUUGGCCCCUAGCUGGAAACACACCUUCAUCAGAUUCUUCAACUUCGAAUGCGACAUAUCCUUACCGAAAUUCAAAAUCUACGAAUCUAACCGACUCGAGUGAGAAUUGGAUUUUUGAUUCCGGCGCAACAAGGUUUCCCCUGGAUGCUUUGUCGUUAAAUAUAUCGAGUAGGGAGAGAGAUAUGGAGAAUAGUUUGCCGGAUAAUGAAAUAUUGAAUAGUUUGAUAAAUAGUACAAACGUAAGUUUAUUCUACUCCGAGUCGUCCUUUCCAUCAUUUACCCCGGAAUUCGUCCUGCAAUUAGACGCUUGCUAAUAAUUUGCUGGGUUAGUGGGAUUCUACUUUUCAAGUUUCUCGAGAUUUAAGACAUUCUGGUGGUUAGAUUUUGUAUAAUUAAUAAAUAUCGAGUUUUUUAAAUUCAUAAUGAGAGUUUUAAUUAUAAUAUCCC